AUGUCUCUUUGGAACCCAGACAACAUUCGCGAUGUCGCUGAAUCACUUGGCCUUAUGAACCUCAGCAAUGACGUGACUGAGAACCUAUCUCGUGAUGUCGAAUACCGAGUCUCGCAAGUGCUGGAGGAAGCUCUCAAAUCAAUGCGCCAUAGUAAGCGCACAGUGUUAACCACUUCGGACAUCUCCUUUGCCCUCCGUCAACUGGAUCUGGAACCUCUGUACGGCUACGAGUCAAACCGCCCCGUCCGCUUUGGCGAAGCGUCACUCGGACCCGGCCAGCCACUGUUCUACGUUGAGGAUGAAGAGGUUGACUUUGAAAAACUGAUCAAUGCCCCAUUGCCCCGCGUUCCCCGCGAGGUGACUCUCACAGCUCAUUGGCUCGCUAUUGAUGGUGUGCAGCCAUCUAUUCCUCAGAACCCGACUGCUGCUGACUCGCGCAACCUUGAACUGGUUGCCAAGGGACCUAACGCUAAUGCCACUUCCGCCGCCAUGAGUGGAUCCGGCGAUGUUGACGUUAAACCCUUGGUCAAGCACGUCCUAUCCCGCGAGUUACAGCUGUACUUCGACAAAGUAUGCGGUGCGUUCCUGGAUGAGAGUAGCGAAGAAUAUCGUGCCUCCGGGUACGCCAGUUUGCAUGACGAUCCAGGCUUGAGCCAGCUGGUGCCUUACUUCGUCCAAUUCAUUUCUGAGAAGGUAACCCACAACCUCCAGAAUAUCUUUGUCUUGACUCAGAUGAUGCGUAUGGCCGAGGCUCUUGUACAGAACAAGUCCCUCUACAUUGACCCUUAUGUUUCCUCUUUUGUCCCUCCCAUCCUGACCUGCUUGAUUGGACGACAGCUCGGCGGAGCCACAGAUGUGGCCGAGUCCUUUGCUCUGCGUGAUAUGGCAGCCUCUCUCAUCGGUUUCAUUGCCAAGAAAUACGAAUCCGCUUCUCACCUCCUCAAGCCACGUAUUGUGCGCUCUUGCUACAAGAACUUCAUGGAUCUUACCAAGUCUUUCAAUGCUCAUUACGGUGCUAUCCUCGGUCUGCAGGCCAUCGCUGGUACAGAUUUGAUCAGUGAGAUGAUUCUCCCUGUUCUCAAGAUGUAUGGCGGAAUUAUCGCUGAAGGCUUGAAUGAUAGCGGUCGUCGUCCUGCUGCAGAGCGUGUUGCCAAUGUAAUCUUUUCUGUGCUGAUAUGGCUGCGCCAGAACGAAGUACGUCUGUUCCAUGACACGCCCAGUAGUGUGAGUGAUGAGAUCCGUUCUCGUUUGGUUGAAGCAGUUGGACCCCUUUUCGCUACUAAGGUAGUCGAGGCCAAUGAUGUUCGACUCGCUCUCAUGCUUGUUGACGUUCAACCUUUUGAUCCACCUGCUGGGAACUAA